CGCUGCUGGGACCCUCCUGGAGCCUCCUCCGGGGACACGUCCACUCUGCCCCUCCUUCUCCCGAGCAGCGCCAUGCGGCCCCUGUGGCUCUGCUGGGCCCUCUGGGCGCUGCCCCUGGCCGGCCCCGGGGCGGCCCUGACCGAGGAGCGGAUCCUGGACAGCCUGCUGCAGCAGCUGCACCUCAGCGAGGUCCCCAUCGUGGACAAGGCCGCCGUGGAGGGGCUGGUCAUCCCGGCCCACGUGAGGGCCCAGUACGUGGCCCUGCUGCAGCGCGGCCACGGGGCGCGCUCCCGGGGGAAGAGGUUCAGCCAGAACUUCCGAGAGGUGGUCGGCAGGUUCCUGGCGUCCGAGGCGUCCUCGCAUUUGCUGGUGUUCGACAUGGAGCAGCGGCUGCCGCCCCGCAGCGAGCUAGUGCAGGCCGUGCUGCGCCUCUUCCAGGAGCCGGUGCCCAGGGCCGCGCUCCGCAGACACGAGCGCCUCUUCCCGCGCAGCGACCGCGCCCGGGUCACCGUCCAGUGGCUGCACGUCCGCGACGACGGCUCCAACCGCACCGCCCUCAUCGACUCCAGACUGGUGUCCAUCCACGAGAGCGGCUGGAAGGCCCUGGACGUGACCGAGGCGGUGAACUUCUGGCAGCAGCUGCGCAGCCCCCGGCCGCCGCUGCUCCUGCAGGUGUCGGUACAGCGGGAGCACCUAGGCCCGCUGGCCUCCAGCGCCCACAGACUGGUCCGCUUCGCCCCCCAGGGGCCGUCGGGCGGCCGGCAGGGGGAGCCCCAACUGGAGCUGCACACCCUGGACCUCAGAGACUACGGAGCUCAGGGAAACUGUGAUCCUAAGGCACUGGUGACGGAGGGCACCCGCUGCUGCCGCCAGGAGAUGUACAUUGACCUGCAGGGGAUGAAGUGGGCUGAGAACUGGGUCCUGGAGCCCCCAGGCUUCCUGACCUAUGAGUGUGUGGGCACCUGCCAGCAGCCCCCAGAGUCCCUGAUCUUCAAGUGGCCGUUUCUGGGGCCUCGACAGUGCAUCGCCUCGGAGACAACCUCGCUGCCCAUGAUUGUCAGCAUCCAGGAGGGAGGCCGACUCCAGCCCCAGGUGGUCAGCCUGCCCAACAUGAGGGUGCAGACGUGCAGCUGUGCCUGGGACGGGGUGCUUGUGCCAAGGAAGCUGGAGUCAUAGAUGUGGGGUAUAGUUAUCAAGGACUUGGCUUGUGUGUGUGUUGAAAGUGUUCCGGGCACCAGAAGAGAUGGGGAUGACUGAACUGAUGAUGGCACAUGCUCUGCGCUUCGUGCUGAGUUCUGACCAGCGCUUCAUACUGAGUUCUGACCAGUUAGCUCGCCUUCUGAUUUUUGUUUCUCAGGAACAAGACUCCCUGGACACUGGGAGCCCCUGCCCAGUCUUCUCUCUUCAACAUUUUUCACUGCACUGUAUCCUAAGCACUUACCUGUGUAGAUAU